AUGUUUUACGUAAAAGUAACAUUUCUGCUUUUAGCACUUAGAAUUUGGCUGCAUGCAGCGAGUGAUGAGAGGUGUGGGAUUGACAGAGCGUUUACUGUAAUUCACGAGUCCAGUCAGAUUGAUGGUGUGGUGUACUCCUACAUUUCCGACACCAUUGCACAUUGUAUCAUCAAGUGUGUUAAGCACGUCCGAUGUAAAUCCAUCAAUUUCAAUCACUUAACGAGAGAAUGUCAACUGAGUUCACUCUAUUCGAAAAUGACAACGUUAACUAAGCAAGCCAACUGGGUUCACAUGGAAACCGAUCCAUAUAAGAAGUAUCAGGGAAAAAAUUGCAUUGAAAAUUCAAAUCAAUGCGAGAAUCAUGAUUAUUGUCGGUCUUUGUGCCGACCACCCUGGUAUGAAUGCAUGUGUAUCAACGAAAAAUAUGGAAAAUCGUGCAAUCGUAAUCCUUGCAAAAACAGUGGGACAUGUGUCAAUGCUUGUUUUUCUCCAGGAUACACGUGCGUCUGCCCAGCCUUGUUUGUUGGCGAGAGAUGUGAACACUAUGGUAUACAUUUUGUCAUACAUUUUAUUGGACCAAGUAAGCAGCAUGCCAUAACUAACAUUAAUUUCUCCCCUAUAUCGGGAGUUUCAGUCUGUUUUUGGUUCCGGGAUGAGGGCGUUGAUACUGUUUGGAGAGCAGUUGUGAAUUUGCUGCAAAACGGGGGUAAAUGUAAUUUCUUCACAGUAGCCGUAAAAUACAACAAAUUUAAAAUUGGUUUGUUUGCAGAACAUUAUCAACUAAACACAGUGGUGGAAAAAAACAAAUGGUAUCAUGUAUGUGCUAUAUACGAUUUAUCGACUUUAUCUGGUCUUCUUUACGUGAAUGGUGAGUAUGUUGAAACUGUCAUGGGUCCUGUGAUGACUAACAACCAAUUUUACGCAAAUGGUGUAGUUCUUGGACAAGAUGUUGACCUAUCAGGUGGGGCGUGCGUUGUAAAUGAUAUCAAUCAAGGAUUUAUUGGUUAUAUAACGCUUGUAAAUAUAUGGAGCAGACGAUUAUCAGUUACAGAAGUUCGCGAUACCUACCUUCAAAAUAUACCUUUCGGUGAUUUGCGUUGGGAUGAACUCUUGACAUUUCACGAAACAGGCGAUAUUAAGAAAGUCUUGUUUUCGCCAAACUUUACAAUCCAUUAAACAUGGAAGAAAAUGACAACAUUAUUAUACUUAUUUUAUUGCAUUGUACACGUUUUUUAAAGUAGGGAGGUCCAAGAAAUGUUCAUCAGAGUCACUGAUGCGUUUCUC